CACGCCGGCGGUGUGGGCGGAGCCUGCGCGAACCCCGCCUUUCCUUCCUUGGUCGCUCCCCUCCCCUCCCUUAAAGCACCAGCCCGUCCUCCGCGAGGGCCGCAUAAUAGUGGCGGCGCCUCAGGAGGAGCUUUGUGGUGCGGUUGGGGAGAGAGAGGGAGCGUGCUCCGCGACACCCGCCACCCCUCCUCCUCCUCGUUUCCUCCCUCGUCGCCUCAGCUGGCCCUGUGGCUGGAUGCGGCUGAGCUCGGGCUCCCAGCCUGCGCGCCCCUGCCGCUGUUCGUGAGCCCGGCGCGGUCCACACGGAGUACCGGGCGCCGCCGCGAUGUUUGACAAGACGAGGCUCCCUUAUGUGGCGCUGGAUUUGGUGUGUCUUAUACUGGCUGGCUUACCCCUUGCUGUUCUAAACUUGGCAAAAAUAAAGCCGUAUCAGAGGGGCUUUUUCUGUAAUGAUGACAGCAUCAAGUAUCCGUUCCAUGACAGUACCAUCACAUCCACUGUCCUCUACGCAGUGGGGUUCACACUGCCCAUUUCCUCUAUAAUCAUAGGAGAGGCACUUUCUGUGUAUUACAACCGCUUGCACUCCAAUUCAUUUGUGCGGAACAACUAUAUUGCCGCUCUUUACAAAGCCAUUGGGACAUUCAUUUUUGGCGCAGCUAUUAGCCAGUCUCUUACGGACAUUGCCAAAUACUCUAUAGGUAGAUUGAGGCCUCACUUUCUGGACAUAUGUGUACCAGAUUGGCCACGGAUCAACUGCAGUGCUGGUUACAUUGAAAACUUCAAAUGCCUUGGAAACAAAGCAAAGAUUAAUGAGGCGAGACUGUCGUUUUACUCUGGACAUUCUUCGUUUUCCAUGUAUUGCUUGCUGUUCCUAGCACUUUAUCUUCAGGCCAGAAUGAAAGGCGAUUGGGCAAGACUUGUGCGUCCUACGGCUCAGUUCGGUCUUAUUGCAGCAUCCAUCUAUGUGGGCCUCUCCCGUAUUUCUGAUUACAAACAUCAUUGGAGUGAUGUGUUGACCGGACUUAUCCAGGGAGCACUGGUAGCUAUACUUAUUGUUGUGUAUGUAUCUGAUUUCUUCAAAGACAGAGGUCGUACAUUUAAACAGAAGGAGGAAGAAGAUUCACACACAACCUUACACGAGACACCUACCAGUGGAAAUCACUAUGGCAGUAAUCACCAGCCAUGAUAAAGUCAACAGCUAUUACCCUGUGGAAUCUCCCCUUCUAUAAAAAGAAAACAUCAAGCAUUUCUGACCUAUGUAAAGAAAUAAAUUAAAUGCCUCUUGAAGGGA